CCCUCACUCUGAGAAUGAGUUUGUCCAUCCCGCCUUCCCCCCAACUCUUGGAAUGGGCUCACCCCUCAGUCCCAGUCCCUCCUCCCGGGCGGGGUGGCGUUGCCAUGGAGACGGGCCGCCGGCUGAGGCCCGGCUGGUGUUCCUGCAGGGGAUGGCGGGCCAGUUCCGCAGCUACGUGUGGGACCCGCUGCUGAUCCUGUCGCAGAUCGUCCUCAUGCAGACUGUGUAUUACGGCUCGCUGGGCCUGUGGCUGGCACUGGUGGACGGGCUAGUGCGAAGCACCCCCUCGUUGGACCAGAUGUUCGACGCGGAGAUCCUGGGCUUUUCCACUCCUCCAGGCCGGCUCUCCAUGAUGUCCUUCAUCCUCAACGCCCUCACCUGACAGUCUCACUCUGUCUCCCAGGCUGGAGUGCAAUGGCGUGAACUCAGCUCACUGCAAACUGCCUCCCGAGUUCAAGUGAUUCUCCUGCCUCAGCCUCCCAAGGAGCAGGGAUUACAGAUGCAUGCCACCAUGCCUGGCUAAUUUUAGUAUUUUCAGUAGAGAUUGGGUUUUACCAUGUUGGCCAGGCUGGUCUCAAACUCCUGACCUCAAGUGAUCCACCCUCAUUGGCUUCCCCAAGUGCUAAGAUUACAGGCCUGAACCACCACACCUAGCUAUUUUUCUUCUUCUCUUCCUUCUCUUCCUCCUCCUCCUCCUCCUCCUCCUCUUCUUCUCCCUCCCCUUCCUCCUCCCCUUCCUCCUCCUCCUCCUUCUUCUUAUUAUUAUUUUGAGACUGAGUCUCACUCUGUCACCCAGGCUACAGUACAGUAGUGCAGUCUAGGCUCACUGCCACCUCCACCUCCCAGGUUCAAGUGAUUCUCAUGUCUCAGCCUCUUGAGUAGCUGGGUUUACAGGCACCACCACUACGUCCAGCCAAUUUUUGUAUUUUUAGAAGAAAAAAGGGGUUCAUCAUGUUGGCCAGGCUGGUCUUGAACUCUUGACCUCAAGUGAUCCACCCACCUUGGCCUCCCAAAGUACUGGGAUUACAGGCAUGAGCCACUGCUUCUGGCCUUAAGAUGGGGUCUCACUCUGUUACCUGGGCUACAGUGCAGUGAUGUGAUCUCAGUUCACUGCAGCCUCAACAUCCCAGGCUCAAGCAAAUCUCUUGCCUCAGCCUCACGAGUAUCUGGGACUACAGGCAUGGAGCACCAUGCCUGGCUAAUUUUUGUAUUUUUUGUAGAGAUGAGGUUUCUGUCAAUGUGGCCCAGGCUGGUCUCAAAUUCCUGGGCUCAAGUGAACCUCCUGGCAAGGCUCCCAAAAUGCUGAGACUAUAGGCAUGAGCUACCGUGCCUGGUUCAACAUGUUUUCAUUUUUUUUCUGAGACAGGGUCUCGCUUGGUCACCCAGGCUAGAGUGUGGUGGUGGGAUCUCAGUUCACUGCAACCUCCACUUCCUGGGCUCAAGUUAUCCUCCUGCCUUAGGCCUCCAAGUAGCUGGGACUACAGGCCUGAGCAACCAUGCCUGGCUAAUUUUUAUAGAGAUGGAGUUUUGCCAUGUUGCCCAGGCUGGUCUCAAACUCGAGCGACCUGCCCACCUCAGCCUCCCAAAGUGCUAGGAUGACAGGCCUGAGCCAUUGCACCAAGCCAUGUAUUUUCUAAUUUCCUUUGGACUUCAUCUUUGACUCCUGUUUUAUUUUGAAGUACUGGGAUUGUCUUUCAGUUAUCUUUCCGUUAUUAUUUCUGUUGAAUUCUGUUAUGGUCAUAUAACAUAAUUUAAAUGAUUUAAAUUCUUCUAAAUUCGUUGAGGGUUGUUUUUAUGGCCCAGAAUAUGAUGACUCUCUCAUUGAAUGUUGUAUGUGCGGUUGAAAAGGAUGUUUAUUCUGCUGUUGUUGGGUGAAGUGUCAUGAAAAUAUUAUUAGGAGAAAUUAAUGAUAGUGCUAAGGUUUUCUAUAUUCUUACUUUCUUGGUCUACUUAUUUUAUUGAUUAUUGAGAGAGAAGAGUUGAAUUUUUUAAGUGCAAUAUGGAUUUUUCUGUUUCUUAUUUCAGGUCUACUGGUUUUUACUUCAUAUAUUUUUGAAGCACUGUUGUUAGUAUAUACACACUUAUGAUUGUUGAGUCUUCUUGGUGAAUUGAACUUUUUAUAAUUAAGUAAUACUCCUUUUUAUCUCUGGUGAUAGUCCUUCUGAAAUCUACUUUGUCUGAUAUUAAUACUGUCACUCCAACUUUGUUUGAUUCAUGUUUGUAUGGUGUAUCUUAUUCCAUUCAUUUUUUUUUUUUAGGGUUCCAAUUCCUCUAUACAUCCUUUUACUUUUAACCCAUAUAUUUCUUUAUAUUUAAAGUGGCUCUUGUAGACAACAUAUUAUUGCCUCUUACUUUGUUCCAGUCUGCUAAUUUGUCUUUUAAUUCAUUGUCUUUUUACUGAUACACUGGAUUAAAAUCUAUCAUCUUGUUAUUUGUUUUCUAUUCUUGCAUCUGUGUUUUCUUCUUUUUUCUUCCUUUAUUAGGAUUAUGUUUUGAAAAGGGAAACUCCUAAUCUCAUGGGCGCUGCGAGUAGACAAGAUUUAUUGCAUCUGAUUGAAAUAGUCUAUUAUUCAUAGCAUAACAAACAAUGUGAACAUCAGCAUAGUUGUGUUGGUUCUCUAGUCCUACAUUCGACAAGUGAUGCAGUGAGCCCAGAUUCAUAGUAUUCACAGAGUGGGUUUGCAUUGCAGCUGAGGGACCUAUGCUCAGCAAUGUUUAUUUUAUUUUAUUUUGUUUAUUUAUUUAUUUGAGGCAGGGUCUCAUGUGUCGCUCAGGCUGGUCUUGAAUUCCUGGGCUUAAGUGAUUCUCCUGCCUCAGCCUCCCAAAGUGCUGAGAUUACAAGCAUGAGCCACCGCGCCCAGCCCCAGGACGUUUUAUAGCAAGCAGUAAGCAAGUCUGCCUUGGUCUAAGAAAUGAUAUCAUGUCUCAAAACUCUAGCUGUACUAACAGUCCUGAACAAAGACCCAGGUGAAAGAGAGGUCAGGGCCUUGUGAUCUUGACAUCAUCAGCAAGACACAUUGGACACAAGUGGCCCAAGGAGGAAGCCUCCCAACAUUAGAAAAAAUUAUUACAUGUACUUGUUUUCAUGUUCGACAGUCAUUUUAAAACAAUAAAUUUUAUUGUAUAUAUUUAAGAUAAACAAUAUGAUGAUAUGGGAUACAUAUAGUAAAGUGGUUACUAUAGUGAAGCAAAUUAACAUAUCCAUCAUCUCACAUAGUUACCUAUUCCAGCAUUUUUAUGAUUCCAUUUUCUGUCUAUUAUUGGUUUGUUACUUAGACCUCUCUAAAAAAAAUUUUUAGUGGUUGUUAUUUAAUUUACUGGCCUUUAAUUAAUCAGUCUAUCUUCAAAUAAUGUUAUACCACUUCUUAUAUAUCAUAAGAACCCUUUAACAGCAUAUUUCCAAUUCCUCCAUCUCCUCAUUUUUACUGUUGUUAUUGUCAUACAUUUCACUUUUAUAUAUGCUAUAAGGCCACAAUGCAUUGUUUUAGUAAAGCAAUUACCUUUUAAGGUGAGAAAAAAUGAGAAACAGUGUCUCUUAUAUUUACCUUUAUUCUAUCCAUUUCCAGAGAUCAUCAUUUCUUUACAUAGAUCCAAGUUUCUCUCAGGUAUUAUAUUUCUUCUGCCUACAGAACUUCUAUGACCACUUCUUAUAGUGCUGGUCCAUUGGUAAUGAAUUUUAUGUUGUUAUUUUUUUUUUUAAUCUGAAAAAGUGUUUGCAUUUCCUUCACUUUUGAAAGAUAUUCUUGCUAGCUAUAGAAUUCUGGAUUGGCAGUUUUUUAUCUUUCAGUAUUUUAAAGAUAUGACUCUGUUAUCUUCUUGUCAUAUAUUUUCUGAUGAGAAGUCUUCUGUAAUUCUUAUCUUUGUUCCUCUGUAGGGAGUAUGUCUUUUUCCUCUACAUACUUCCAAUAUUUUCUCUCUAUCUUUGGUUUUCAGCAGGUUGAAUAUGAUAUAUUAGGUUGCGUUUGCAUGUGCUUAUUUGUUGUGUUUGUAUAUUGGUAUUAAAUCUUUUCUGGAUGCCAAGAGUGGUGGCUCAUGCCUGUAAUCCCAGCACUUUGGGAGGCCAAGGUGGGUGGAUCACCUGAGGUCAGGAGUUCAAGACCAGCCUGGCCAUCAUGGUGAAACCCCAUCUUAAAAAAAAAAAAGAGAAAAAAAAUAUUUUCUGGAUUGUGAGUUUCUUGGCUCUGUGGUUAGAUAUCUUUCAUUAUUUUUGGAAAAUUAUUGGCUAUUAUAUCUACAAGUAAAUAUUAUAUCUAUGUA